CCAUUCUUUGUCUAACCACCGCCGCACAACACGACACCGGAGAGAAGGAUCCCCGCUCCUCACUGACAACACAUCGAAUGGCUUGAGCGGGAGUCCUUUUAAGGGCUUGAAAACAGGAAAAUUAAAAGAAGCAAAAACCCCACAAGAUAGACGAGCCUACCCGCGUUGGAGUGAAGCAGAGGACUUCCAUCUCAAGAUCAGAGGAAAUCGCUGCUGAUCGACAGACAAAAUGAGCUGGAGUUUCCUCACGCGUCUCUUGGACGAGAUUUCCAAUCACUCAACGUUCGUGGGCAAAAUCUGGCUCACCCUCCUGAUCGUGUUCCGCAUCGUGCUGACCGCCGUGGGGGGCGAGUCCAUCUACUACGAUGAGCAGAGUAAAUUUGUGUGCAACACGCAGCAGCCCGGGUGCGAGAACGUGUGCUACGACGCCUUCGCGCCGCUCUCCCACAUCCGCUUCUGGGUGUUCCAGGUGAUCAUGAUCACCACGCCCACCAUCAUGUACCUGGGCUUCGCCAUGCACAAGAUCGCCCGCAUGGAGGACGUGGAUUACCGGCCGCGCGGCAGGAAGCGCAUGCCGAUCGUGAGCCGCGGCGCCAACCGCGACUACGAGGAAGCGGAGGACAACGGCGAGGAGGACCCGAUGAUCCAUGAAGAGAUUGAGCCAGAGAAGGACAAGGAGGUGGAGGAGAAGCCCAGCAAUAAGCACGACGGACGCCGCCGCAUCAAACGAGACGGCCUGAUGAAAGUCUACGUGUUUCAGCUUCUGUCUCGUGCCAUUUUUGAGGCGUCCUUCCUGUUCGGGCAGUACGUCCUUUACGGGCUGGAGGUGUCGCCGUCAUACGUGUGCACGCGGUCUCCCUGCCCGCACACGGUGGAUUGCUUCGUCUCGCGGCCCACGGAGAAAACCAUAUUCCUGCUCAUCAUGUAUGCAGUUAGUGCCUUGUGUCUGCUCUUCACCCUGCUGGAGAUCCUUCACCUGGGCUUCAGCGGCAUCCGGGACUGCUUCUGUGCCCCCCGCUCCCGACCUCCCACCCCUCGGCACUCCGCGCUGGCCAGCCAGCGGUCCUCCAUCAGCCGCCAGCCCUCCGCGCCGCCGGGCUACCACACGGCCCUGAAGAAGGACCCCUCGGGGAAGCUCGGCUUCAGGGACAACCUGGCCGACUCCGGCCGCGAGUCCUUCGGCGACGAGGCGUCCUCGCGAGAGCUGGAGCGGCUGCGCAGACACCUAAAGCUGGCCCAGCAACACCUGGACCUGGCUUACCAGACCGAGGAGCACAGCCCGUCUCGCAGCAGCAGCCCAGAAUCCAACGGCACCGCAGCCGAGCAGAACAGACUCAACUUCGCCCAGGAGAAGCAGAGCAGCACAUGUGACAAAGGUAUGCGCGCUUAAGCUUGCAUCCGCUCUGUGGACACUGAAAGGAACAUCAGGCGCAGCGAAUGGACACAAAGGAAGCAAACUGGAAGUGUGACCAAGUACGAAUGAGCUUGAGGUGGAUGAAGUCAGCCCAAGCCUGUCAGUGUUAGGACCGGUUCAGGUCUACCAUCGAGUGGGAGGAGGAGAAAGUGGUCUCCGCCUGACUUUACUUGAGACCUCAGUCUGUUUGAUGAAGAUCCAAAGUGCUUUCAAAUGACCGUUACCGGUUCACAACGGUUCCCCUCAGGGCAACUUCUAUCUUUCCUUUUUUUUUUUUUUGGUUAUUUGUAUGAAAUCUUUCUUACGAGUCUUAGAACUUAGAGAAUUGAAGAGUGGCAAUGGUUGGAAGUUCAGUCGAUGCAUCUUGACGUCAGCUUUAGAACUGGAACUCCACAUGUCGACGUUGUUAUUCAGGAACGCGAGCGAGCGCUUGCUACAGAAGGUACUGGAGACGCCCAUGCAGAUUCUUGUCGUCAAGUGUGCUUGACCUUUAAAAAUGUUUUUGGCUUGGUGGCUCCUGUGGCGACAGGUAUGCUAACUUGAACAGUCAAGGUGUCCGUCCAAAGGUAUGAACAAACCUGGGUAAUGCUUGAAAAACAUGUAACUCUUUAAUAUUGUUGUUUUCAAAAUGUUUUUAUACGGUUUUUCUAUCUUUUUUUCAUUUUUGAUAUUGUCAUUUUGUUACAUUUUUAUAAAUCACUGCUGUCUUAGUUCCCCACUGCCUGCUUUAAUCUGUGGAACAAGCACAGUUUGAAAAUGGUACAAUUUGAAUGCAAGUGCAACUUAUUCCCUUUUUAAAAGAUUUCGGUACACUCGUUCGUAUUUUUGUUGUUCGGUUAAAAAAAAAGAAGGGAUAUCUGUGUCACAUUAAUUUGUGUUUAAAAAAAAGUUUGUUGACUUAAGUUGUUGUAAACCACACAAUCACAUCAAUGUGAAUCCAAUGUCUUUAUUGCGUUCUACACAGCUGCCAUCUUUUCUAUUUAAAGUGUAUAUCCACAGUACCAUUUGUGCCAACUCAUCUCAAGUUAUUUUUGAACAAUGCUUUUUGUACUUUUUAUACUUUUUUGUAAUGAUAGUUUUUGUGGCUAGUUUUCAUUAAAAAAAAGAUG